UGUGCUGCAGUAGAGAGUCCUUUGCUAAGCCAACUGCUACUUCUCAGUGGAGGGCAUCACAUCCUCCUUUUUUAUUUUACUUUCCUCACGUUUUUGGAAAUCAUGCCUGGACUGUCUGAAUGAAAGAUGAUGGAGAUUGUGUGUGUGUGACAGAAGAGAAAAGCACACUGCAGUGAGUCAGGAAAGAGUGAACGCUCUCCACACCCAUGACCGUGUGCUUGUCUGUCAUCGAGUCAAACGGAACCUAACGGACUUGUUCAUCACCUGACAGAGUCACAGUGCACAUUGUGUGGUGAGACUGAAGAUCAGCCAGAUUCAUGGUCUCCACCACCGUAUUUAGAUGAAGACAGCUACAGCUUCCCCUCCCUUCCCAGGAAUAUGAAAGGUUUAUCAAGUGGUCGCCCACAGCUCACCUUCACAUCAGGACACACCUGUGGCCUACCAGACUGCGAUCAGUCCCUCGACCAAUUGCAGCAUGUUGGCUCUGACUCCCGCUCACCUUACCUGCUCAGUCCAACCGAGAGCUACCCUCUGGAUCCGCACCGCUGCUCACCUCGCAGCUCCAUCCACUCAGAAUGCAUGGUGAUGCCCGUUUCUAUGGCAUCUGACCACGUUUCCAGCAGCACCUUUCCUAGAAUGCACUACAGUUCACACCACGACGGCUCUCGGGAUGACGGCUCUACGCCUCAUGGUGUCGGAGGAGGGGGUGGAGAUGGCAGUUCUGGCAAGAUGAACCGUAUACCUGCAAACCUGCUGGAUCAGUUUGAGAAGCAGCUGCCAAUUCACAGAGACGGUUUCCACACGCUGCAGUACCAGCGCACAUCUGCCACAACCACUAGCAGCGAGCAACGCAACGAGAGUCCGGGACGCAUCCGCCACCUGGUCCACUCCGUCCAGAAGCUCUUCACCAAAUCCCACUCGCUGGAGGGAUCAUCUAAGAUGAACGGCACCAAGGGAGACUCUCGCUCGGACAGUGGACACCACCACCACCAUCAUGGACAUCACCAUGGCAACCACAAACACAGCAAAAGGAGUAAGAGCAAGGACCGCAAGUCCGACUCCAAGCAACGCUCAGGGAUAGCAGGCUGGUGGAGUUCUGAUGAUAACCUGGACAGUGACAGCACCUACCGGACUCCCAGCAUCAUGAGCCGUCACCAUGGAGAUCAUAUCACUCACUGUUACCCAGACACGGGCCACAGUCACUUUGCCGAUCUUUCCCUCAAGACCUCUAAGAGCAACAAUGAUGUGAAAUGCUCGGCUUGUGAGAGCAUUGCUUUGGCCCCCGAGGGAAAAUUUAUGAAGCGCAGCUCCUGGUCGACCCUGACUGUCAGCCAGGCGAAAGAAGCCUACAGGAAAUCUUCCCUUAAUCUGGAGAAACCGGCCAUGCCCCAAGAUCUGAAGUCCUCCAUGAGGCCUUGCCAUUAUUUACAGGUCCCUCAGGAUGAAUGGGGAGGGAAAGAUGAGGAAAUCCCAUGUAGAAGGAUGCGGAGCAGCAGUUACGUUAAAGCCAUGGGUGAUCAGGACAGUGGGGACUCUGAUGGCAGCCCUAAAAAUUCCCCGCAGAAAAGUGUUCGGCCUGAUGCACUCGUUAAAUCUGUGCUGCAAAGACAACUUUCAGACCAGAGCUCAUACCGUUUGGACAAGUCAAGCCGAGACAUGGUCAAAUACCUCACCAAUAUAACAGCAGAUUUAAGUCAAAGUUACCAUCUUCAGACCUCUAGGGAAAUCCAUCCCAGCAUCACGCUGGAACCAUCUCCCAACUACAGCUCGCCAAAGUUUCGCUCGAGGAACCAGAGCUACAUGAGAGCGGUGAGCACCCUGAGCCAGGCCAGCUGCGUCAGUCAGGUCAGCCAGGUGAGUGAGAUAGAGGUUAAUGGGCAGUUUGAGUCGGUUUGUGAAUCUGUGUUCAGCGAGGUGGAGUCUCAGGCCAUGGAUGCAUUGGAUCUGCCGGGCUGCUUCAGGACACGCAGCCACAGUUAUGUGAGAGCCAUACAGGCCGGAUUCUCACAAGACGAUGACUGCCUUCCCUCUAUGACGUCAUCCACUGUCACCUCCACCAUCAGGUCCACCACAGGAGUUCAGUUCCAUCUCCCUUCUACAGGCAGUGUGGACCAUCCUUCCCAACAACCUCCAGCGGUCACCUAUACACCCAGUACACCAACCUAUAAGAGGACUCCUCCACCCGUCCCACCUCGUUCCACCUCUAAACCCCUCAUCUCCAUAACUGCCCAGAGCAGCACAGAGUCCACACAGGAUGCCUACCAUGAGGGACAGCGAGCCAGAGGGGGCUUCUGGGGUUCUGAUGGGUUGAGUUUGAGUUUGGGUCGAGCCCUUUAUAACUCCACUGACAGUCUGGACAGUGCCAAGGCCGUCACUAUCGCCAUGGAAGCGGCUGCCAUGGUGAUGGCAGGAAAGAGACACCCAUCCACUGACAGCCAUAGCUCAGUAAUGACCUGUGAUAAAGCUGUGCUGGUGUCCAAAGCAGAGGAAUACCUACAAACACCCCGGUCCUCAAUAGGAAUACAGGUAGAAGCAGCAACUGAUUCUGAGUGUGAAAGUAAAGGCUCUCGAGAAUAUCAGUCUGUUGGGAUUCAGGUGGAAGAUGAGAGGCGUCAAGGUCGAUUUAAGCGGUCUAACAGUGUCACAGCCGGUGUUCAGGCUGAUCUGGAAUUGGAAGGUUUUCCUCUGAUGGAGGAUAAAGGUCUUCAGUUUGGCGGUGGUUUCCAGCGGCAUAGCGAGCCCAGCACCCCCACGCAGUACGGUGCCGUACGGACCGUACGCACACAGGGCCUCUUCAGUUACCGCGAGGACUACCGCACCCCCUCCGAGCCACCGAGUCCCCAGCGCAGCCCUGAGCCCUGGCUGGAGCCCUCGCCACGGGACCCCAUCGCAACCGUAGCGGUAACAGUGACGCCACCCCAACCAACAGAUUCGGGAAGAGCGUCGCCCUCAUGUAGACGGGACGGAAGCUGGUUCAUGCAGCUGCUGCAUACAGAAACGAAAAAGAUGGAGGGAUGGUGCAAAGAGCUGGAGGGAGAGGCAGAAGAGAACGAUCUGUCAGAGGAAAUCCUAGGGAAGAUCCGGAGUGCUGUAGGAAGCGCACAGCUCCUGAUGUCCCAGAAAUUUCAGCAAUUUUACUGGCUUUGCCAACAGAACUUAGACCCCAGUGCCAUGCCUCGACCCACCUCUCAAGACCUGGCCGGGUUCUGGGACCUUCUGCAGCUCUCUGUUGAUGACGUUACCUCCAAAUUCAACGAGCUCCAGAAGAUCAAGUCCAAUGACUGGAGGCUCAUUGAAAGUCCUGUGAAGAAGCUCCCGCCACCUUUACCAAAGAAGACAUUGCGUAAAGGCAUGACGAGGGAGAAAUCUCUGGACCUCCCUGACCGUCAUAGACAAGAGGCGAGACGGCGCCUUAUGGCGGCCAAACGCGCAGCUUCUUUCCGCCAAAACUCAGUAUCAGAGCGGGCUGACAGCAUCGAGAUCUAUAUUCCUGAGGCCCAAACACGGCUCUGAGAGACACAGGAAACAGAAAGUGAUCUGCACAUCUUUAUCACGCAAUCAUCAUCAUUCUCCGAGCAAGUUAGAAAUGCCACACUUCAUUCAUCAAGGAAAUCAUUGGAAAUGGUCUAUUUCAAACAUUCUACAAAUUCAGUAUUUUAAUCUUCUAAAACUGCUUUAACUGUGUCAAAGGUUUUGAACCAUAUUUUGGAACUGCCUGCAGCAUGUUCCAUUCAUACCAGUUUCAUACAAAUUUCCCCUGUGUUUUGGGAGUCAUGCUUCACCAAAAUACACAUUUUGCACAUUGUAGACGCACAUGACAAUGAAGUUGCCUGACAGCUAUAAAUACACCUGAAUAACACUUGCUCAGUCUGAAUCCCUCUAUGAGUCUUUAUGAUAUCCAUUUAGCACUUUUCAAAUUGGAAACAAUCUACAUUUCGAGGCCUCAAGUUUAACAGUUCACUUGACUUUGAAACUGAAUUAAAAAUAUAUAUUUUUAAGUUAUGAAAAUGUACUUAAAAUCUAUUCCACUUUUUGAGGUUUUGUAGCUUUGUCCUUCCAUUCAUACAUUUAAUCUUGACUUGCUCUGUCUGUCUCUCUCUCCCUCUGACUUUAUGCUUUUUUCAUAGUAUUUUUCUCAUGAAGUGCCAGUACUAAAAUAAAUCAAUUACACUGUACAUUUUGGACUGAAUUAGGCCAGUGCUGGCAGUCAAAGCCUUUAAUAACAGAGGAUCUUCAUUGGUCAUAUACUGUUAUGAGAGCAUUUAAACCUCAGCCUGAGGGUUUAUUAAAGAUCUAGACAGAAUUAGAGAUCAGAACUGGUUAGAAAAGGCCAUUUUUAUUAUUCUUGUAUGAACUGAUAUCAAAUAUACAGCUAUCACACCACUGUAUACUUUCUAGAGGAACUAGGUUUUUGGAAGCAUUUGCUUAAAACCUGAAUUCAUCCAUGUAAAGAUUAAAAAAUGCAUUUUUGCACUUUCUUCUAAAUGUUAUGUCUGAAUGUAUUUCCAAGGGAAAUGAAUUAACUGAAGUUCUCACAGAUAUUGUUGCAGUUGAAUUGCAAGGGUUUAUGUAACUAUCGAUUUAUCAUUUUAUCUCUCUGAAUGUUUCACCUGGUCAUUCACCAGUCAAAUCUUUUUUAUUUUAUUUUGAUCACACCAUUUUUCUCACCAUCUACUGUUAUCAUUGGUCUGGCUUCUGUGUCCUUUCUGUGGUCUUGACAAAGAGAAUCAAUGAUUUUGUCUAUGCUGAAGGAGAGAGACAGAGGUUUUCCCAUCAUGGGACGACUUGGAUAUUGACAAUGGUUUUCUUAGAAGUGACUCCUUUGUUUAAAUUUUAGUCACCUGAAAAAGUUCAGAGAAUAUUUUUAUCUCCUACAAUUGAUUGAUGAAUGAAAAACCACACUGUCAUUGUCUUUAGUUAAGGCUGACAGUAAGAUGCCUCUGUUGUAGUCUAUGUGUAAUUUUGAAAUUUAACAGAUUAUAUAAUGUGUGUUUUUCUCACUUAAUGUAUUAGUAUGUAAGACUGCAGUCAACAUACUGUACCACACAGAUCUGAGAGAACUUGCAGGAUUAUAUUUAAAGCCAUAACUUAUCGAUAAGUUAAAUUUAACGUAAUUAUUUUGAGUAAGUCAAAACAGGCGACUGCAAAACACAUGAUGGUUGAUUAUACCAGAUUAUCAAGAAAGAAAAGAUCAAUGCUGCUUUGAAUUGUUAUGCAAUUGUUUAAUUUAUUUUAAAAUGUAGGUGUCUUUUUGAAAUUAUAAUUUAAUAUACCUGCUUAUUAGUUCAGAGAGAAAGUCCAUUCUUGGCACUAACGUCCAGUGAUUCGGCUCUAACAGGUUGAGUUUUGAGAAGAGUUUGAAAUUCUAUUAACCCUAGUGCUGUGUUGAAAUUGUUUACCUAAUUUGGUGUUCCUGGUCAAAAAUGACCGGCCUAUUAAAAAUUGCUUAUAAAUCUCUUGUUAUGCUAUAUUAUCACCAAAUAUUGGAUUAAAUCUUUUUGCCAUCUUGUUUUUUUUUUUCACUUAUCACAGGUUUUGUAUUUCUUUUUGGAUCUUAUUGAUCGUAGGCUUCAUUGACCUAAGUUUAUGUACCUCCAUUUUUGAGUGAAAAAAAAAAGCAUUAUUUGUGGAUUAUUUUGGCAAUAUUAUAUUAAAAAUGUUGUACUGUUUAUCACACCAGUGUGCUUUGAUGUUAAAUCAGGAAGAUUGUUUUGAAAUUAUUUUAUAUUGUACAAAAUGGCACAAAGUCACACUUGUGGUGUUCCCGGUACAAAAUGACUGGCCAUUUAAAAUUAAUGAGGGAGAUCAAAAUAAGAGAAAUAUUGAGUGUUCGGGAGCAUGUUCAUAAUGUUCAUGUUCACAUAUGUGCAUGUGUGCUUGCGAACAUAAAGACUACGGACCUGUGCACACGCACAUACACACACACACACAUGCUCACGUACAUGCACAAACACUUUUGAGUACUACAUGCAUUCUUUUCACAGAGAUUAACUUUAUCUUUAUCAGAUUAACUGCAUUCAACAUCCAUUCAUCCAUCUAACAUUGUCAGAACUGUCUUCGCCCGACAGUGACCCCUUUCCAAUAGAAUUUUCUUUGAUUAUAUUUUUUUCAUAAGUAAUGUGUUUCACAUGCAGAGCACACAUUUGCAAGGCACAUGCAAAAAGCUAUUGUCAGUCAUGUGCAUGAAGACACAAAAUGCUUUUUAUAUGACAGUGUGUAACGCAGUUCGAUGGAAAGGAGGAGGCGAGAACCGGCUUGUCAAUAUAAAUAAUAUUUUAAUGGUGAACUUAAACCAAAGACAAACACACACACACGACGGACAUGUCCAUAAACGAUCUCUCUCUCUCUCACCAUCCUCCGCAGUCGGCCUUUAUCCCUCUCGGAGGCUUGAUUAGCCUGAUAAGGGACCGGGUGUGUAGAAUCACAACCCGGCCCCGCCCUCCGCCCUGCCACAUUCCUCCCUCGUUCUCUCAGGCUGGGGAGCCCCCGGCAUGACGUACACCCCCCUUUCCCUGGGGAGGGGCGUGCCUUCUGCCUGCAGGUCAUCCCCGUCUACCUUGACGAGGGAGGGGACAAGGCGAGGGAAACAGGAAUAAUUAAAUAGGGGGGGUACUUCCUGUAACAGUGUAGUACCCCCCAAAAAAACACUAAAAUAUAAACAAGAGGAAAAGGCCAAUGCGGAGCGGCAGUGAGAGAGAGAGGAGAGAGAGAGGGGACAAAAAACGUACUCGCCGGUUCUCUGAUACACCGUCGCAUGGUCCUCGAUCACUCCUCCACCCUCUCAGGUGGACGAAAGCCGCUCCUCCCCGGGCGGACCGGAGUCAGACUCACGACCCCCGGCGGAAAGAACGGCCCUUCGCGUUCACAGCGACCCCUGGGGACACUCCUCUGCCCCUGGCAGCGGCCCUACCACUCCAGGCGGUCGGGGAGUCACUUCCCUCCUCCCCUCGCGGACGGCGGUCUUCUGUCGACCCCUCCGCAUUUCUGGGGGAUGGCAGGACACUACUCCACCCCUAGCAGCGGCUCCAUCGCUCUAGGCGGUCGGGGAGUCCAGUCCCCACUCGCCUCGCAGACGGUGGCCGUUCACCGCCUCCGGGCGGUCGGCCUACCCCCUCCCCUGGCAGAUGUCCCGGCACCGCCCUCCGCCCUGCCACACAGUGUUAAUGUGUAAAUAGGCUGAGGUCAGUUUUCUUUGUCACAAUGGUCAGAUUUGACAGGGAACACCACAAGUGUUACUUUGUGCCCCUUUUCAGAAUAUAAAAGCAUUUAAUAAUAAAAGCAUUUCAAAAUAAAUGUCCUGCUUUUUGUGAUCUUCCCCAUUCAUUUUCAAUGUUCGGUCUUCUUUGACUGGGAACACCACAAUUCUAUUGAUUCUAUUGGAGAGGUAAGGCAAUGACAGUUUGGUGUGUGUGUGCGCACGCGUGCGUGUGUGUGUGUGUGUGUGUGUGUGUGUGUAUGUGUGAGCGUGUAUUUAUCACUUUGUGGGGACCAAAUGUCCCCAUAAGGAUAGUAAAACCCGAAAUUUUUGACCUUGUGGGGACAUUUUGUCGGUCCCCAUGAGGAAACCAGCUUAUAAAUCAUACUAAAUUAUGUUUUUUGAAAAUGUAAAAAUGCAGAAAGUUUUCUGUGAGGGUUAGGUUUAGGGGUAGGGUUGGGUUUAGGGGAUAGAAUAUAAAGUUUGUACAGUAUAAAAACCAUUAUGUCUAUGGAAAGUCCCCAUAAAACAUGGAAACACAACAUGUGUGUGUGUGUGUGUGUGUGUGUGUGUGUGUGUGUGUGUGUGUGUGUGUGUGUGUGCAUGUUUGUGAAUGUGUUAAUGUUGGAUGCAGUUCAGGGUAGGAUAAAGUUAAUCUCUGUGAAAAGUACUCUGUGAAGUAUGUAAUACUCAAAAGAGUUUGUGUAAGUGAGCAUGUGUGUGUUUGUGUGCGUGCAUGUGUGUGUAUGUGCACAGAUCCGAGGCCUUUUUGUUUGCAAGCACACAUGCACAUAUUUGAAGAUGAACGUGUAAGAAAGUAUGUAAUACUCAAAGAGUUUGUGGAACACCACAAGUGCAUGUAUGUGUGUGUGUGUGUGUGUGUGCGUGCGUGCGUGCGUGCGUGCACAGGUCCGAGGCCUUUGUGUUUGCAAGCACACAUGCGCAUAUGUGACCAUGAACAUGUAAGAAAGCAUGUAAUACUCAAAGAGUUUGUGCGUGUACGUGAGCAUGUGUGUGUGUGCGUAUGUGAUAAUGUUGGAUUGAUGAAUGAAUGUUGGAUGCAGUUCAGGGUAGGAUAAAGUUUAUCUCUGUGAAAAAGUAAGCAUGUAAUACUCAAAAGAGUUUGUGCAUAUACGUGAGCAUGUGUGUGUUUGUGUGUGCAUGCGCAUGUAUAAGUGCGCGUGCACAGGUCCGAGGCCUUUAUGUUUGCAAGCACACAUGAACAUACAGUAUGUGAACAUGAACAUGCUCCUGAUCAUUAAUUUUUUCUCUUAUUUUUUAUCUCUUUUGAUCAUUUUCAAUGACCGGGAACACCACAAGUGUGACUUUGUGCCAUUUUGUACAAAAUAAAAGCAUUUCAAAACAAACUUCCUGGUUAAACAUUAAAGGAUACAGGUGUGAUAAAUAGUACAGAAUAUUUAAUUUAAUAUUGCCAAGAUUAUCCACAAAUAAUGCUUUUUUUUUCACUUAAAAAUGGAGGUGCAUAAGGUCAGUGAGGCCUAUGAUCAAUAAGUUCCCAAAGAAAUACAAACCCUGUGCUAAGUGAAAGAAAACAAGAUGGCAAAAAGAUCUAAUCCAAUAUUUGGUGAUAUUAUAGCAUAAUGAGAGAUGUAUAAGAAAUUUUUUUAGGCUGGUCAUUUUUGACAAGGAACACCAAAAGUGUAACAAGUUGGGGGAUAAAACCGUUAAGAAAAAUAUAAUUGUUGGGGGAGGGGGAGUUGUGAUACCCUGUGCGAGCAAAGUCAAUAAGUUACAUUCCAAUAGGAUAACAUUAACUUGCAUUUCCAAGCAAAAGAAAAUCUUCUUCGGGUCAAAUUGACCGAACACAACAUGAGGGUUAAUAUUAAGUAACAUUAAGGUUUGUGUCUCUCUGGCAUAACCAGAACUGUUGUGAGAGAGGAAGUGUCACUGCCGACAGCCUCAAAAACCCAACGACUAUGGUCAGGAUUUACCAAGCCACUGCAACACAACUAAGUAUUUCACCCAGACCAAUGGCAUUUCAGAAAGAUCUUUUUUUUUUUUUGUAUUAUUACUGUUAUUAUCUAUUCCACUAUACUGCGCUAUAGGCAUUCACUGUACAGCAAAUUGAACCUUUAACUCAGAGUCUCAUCUCAUUUCAAAUGACAACAGUACAAACUUUUUUUAUGCACUCUGCUUCAGUGUGUAAUAGGAGGAGAGCCCAGAGAUAAGUUUUAUAAUUUUCACUCAACUUCCUUGCACUGUAGCUGAAUUGUCUCAAUUUUCUUUACUAGUAUGUGGCCUUGAUGGGAGCUUGUAGUUAAAAGCAGAUAUUUUCUUUUAAUUUCUCUACAGUAAUACUGUUCUUGUUUAAAGUCUUUGUUCAAACACAAUUACACUAUUUCAUCCAAGAGGGCUUUUAAUCAAUGAAACUGACUUCAGGUCAGAUAGUGUUAGUUUUAGUUCAUGUUUUGAUUGUUUUUUCAAAACACAAAUGUUAAACUUAACAUUUUAUACAAAGCUACAAUGUGCCAACUUGCAUUUCACGCUAACAAAAGCUUUGAUUAUUUUGUGAAUCAUUUGGAUCAAGCUCCUAGCAAUUUACAGAUUGAAUCGUAUCCCUCAGAUCUUGAGACAACAUGCAUCAGGGGUUGCAGAAAUCCACAGAUCAUUUGUGAUGCUCUCCUGAACCUUACAAAUUAGUCAGACUGUUGGAAUAUACUUGAAUCCAUCUAAAAAAAAAUAACAGACACUGACAAACCGCUUCAUUUAAUUUUGCAAAGUUUUAUUCUUUUUUUAAUGUUUUGUUAAUGUAAUGUUUUUUCCCAUAUACAAAAGAAAUAUAAUUUUAAUAUGCAAACAUGCCAUGCUGCUAUGAUGCAGGCAGUGUUUAUGUGCCAAAUAUGUUCAUGUGCCACAUCUUUGAGCGGUUUCGGCUGCUAUCCUCACACAAGGUGUCAUCCCCAUGCUUAUUAUUAUCAACAUCAUCAUUUUAACAUGACAAUCUAAAAGCGCGACAGUGAGCUGACCUACACAGAUAUCUGACAGAACAAAUGCUCACUCCCUUCUUAGAGACAAUUAAAAACAGUUGAAUCAGUUAUCAAAUCUUUAUUUGUUAUAUGAUGGCCAUAUUUACUUUAACAGGGUUGCACUGGGUGAUUGUCUAGUUUAAAUAAGCUUUCAUGAAACACACAUACAUUUAUUCAAUCCAUAUGUACAUUUACUCACAUCAUAUUUUCAUCAAAAUAGAUCAUAUGUGAGUAUUUAAAAAGGAACGACAGGAUCCAUUCAAAAUGAUUUACCCUCCGGACCACAGUAUUUUCAAAAAUGUGGGCCUUCAGUACGGGUCUGGUGUUGACUGAGAUGACUCUGUUUCUUACUGUAGAAAAGCUUCAGUUUGGGACUGGAUUGAUCCUGGAUCUCAGAAUGUGAAAAGAUUACACAAACGUAGUGAAAUUAUCAAAUGAGAAAGGUAGUUGUUUAGCUGAGAAUAUUUUCAAUUAUUAUAAUGUAUAUCAUAUCUAUAUGAAGGGUGAAUAUAAAACCAAAUAUUCAUUAUUUGUACAGAAUUAUAUAAAUAGUUAUAUAUAUAUAUAAAUAAAUAUAUAAAAACAUUAUUGAUCCUUUGU